AUGGCCCAAGGCAAACUAUUUUAUUCCGCCUGUAUUGUACUUGGGCUGCAGUUUUUGCAUGAUCGGAACAUCACCCAUAGGGAUUUAAAACUAGAAAAUGUAUUACUGGAUAGAGAUGGAUACGCCAAAAUUACUGACUUUGGCAUUAGCAAAGAAGGAAUGAGUUUUACAGACAGAAGCCAAACUCAAUGUGGAACUUUGCCGUAUAUGGCCCCGGAAAUGUUUACACAGUAUCCCUACACAAGAUCAGUGGACUGGUGGGGAUUGGGAGUGUGCAUUUAUUUAAUGCGCCUCAGUCAGAUGCCCUUUACAGGAGAUGACGCUGAUGAAAUUAUUCAUAACAUUGUCUACGAAGAGCCGAUAUAUCCGCCAUCCCUAACCCCGGAAAUCUACAAAAUAAUAACACAACUAUUGACCAAAACCCCAUAUCGUCGCCUUGGGUCUGACAAAAAUGGUGCUGAGGAUGUAAAGAAAAGUGAUUUCUUUGAGGUAAGUUGUUUAGGCAUCUUGAUUAGCCUCCAUGUUUGAAGCGAUUGAUGCAAGUCCCUCUGU